AUGGGCUUUACCUUCCGCAAGCAGCCCUUGAAAGGACUAUACCUCGUGUAUCAGCUUCUGACUACUCUGUUCGUCCGUCCGCUGCGUCCGAGGGCCUCAUGGAGCCACAAGAAAGCCGUCUGGGUCAAGUUCAUUCGACAUAUGGGCUACAUUGGAAGCCAGACAGGGCCCUUUGUCAAAACCCCGAAUCAUACCGCUAUCACCCCCGGCAAAGGAGUGAACGGCGUAUGGAUCGAAGGCGCAGGUCACCUCCUCACAGGUGAAAUUAAAUCUCUCGCCGAUUUCGCCAAGGUCGUGCCCUGUCGUAUACCCGGCUACUGGAUCCAUAAGAAAGACUCUCCAAUUGAGGUCGCCAGUCCUCCCCAGCCCGGAGAGAAAGUAAUCCUAAACUUGCACGGAGGCGCGUAUGUCCGGCUUUCCGCCCACCCAAACGAUCCAACCGCCAACAUUCCCUUCGGACUCCUCCAGCAUGCUGACGACUCUGUCCAACGCGUACUCUCAGUCGAAUACAGACUCUCGUCAGGCGAGCCGUUCAUAGUCGCCAACCCUUUCCCCUCAGCGUUGAUCGACGCUCUGGCGGGGUACAACUACCUGGUCAACACCAUCGGCUUCUCCCCUGCUAGCAUCAUCAUAACCGGAGACUCGGCAGGUGGAAACCUCGCACACGCUCUCACUCGCUAUCUCGUAGAGCACCAGAAUCAAGUAGCUGAAGGCUCGGACGCCCGGAUCCCCGCUCCACCAGGGGGACUCGUCCUCCUCUCCCCUUGGGUCGAUUUAAGCGACAGUCACGAUUCCCUCCCCGAGGCCUCCUCCGAGACUUGCCUCUCCACCGACUACAUUGAUGUGCGCCAAACGAACCAGGCACCUGGAGUCAAGGGCGGGAUCGCAUACGCUAAAUCCGCAUUCGAGGGACCGCACGGGAGCACGAUUGCCAACUCUAACCCCUACGUCUCGCCCGCCUCUCGACACCCUUCGUUCAAGGGCGUCUCUUUCAAAGGGUUCCCGAGGACAUUUAUCGUGGGUGGAGGAGCUGAAGUGCUCAUUGAUCAGAUUCGGACCUUCAAGAAAAGGAUGGUGGAGGACCUGGGUGAAGGGGAUGGAGUUGGUGAGGAAGACGGGAAGGUGAGGUACCACGAAGCGCCGGAUGGAAUUCACGAUUAUCUGGCGUUUCCGUGGCAUGAACCGGAGAGGACGGAUACGAUUAAAGAGAUAGUCAAAUGGAUCCAGGCUGCAUAG